GGUGACCCCAACCUGUGCCCCGACCUCUCUCCAGGGUUCAACUUCUCAGCAGAGUCUGUGGCCAGGCCUGAGGGGAGGGUGAACAUGUACCACCACCUUGUGGAGACGCUCAAGUUUGCCAGGGGGCAGAGGUGGAGGCUGGGGGACCCUUGCAGCCACCCGAAGCUCCAGAAUGCCUCCCGGGACCUACUAGAGGAGACCCUGGCCCAGCUCAUCCGCCAACAGUUCGAUGGCCGGGGGGACCACCAGCUCAGCCACUACAGCUUGGCCGAGGCCUGGGGCCAUGGGACAGGCAUGUCCCAGUCUGUGCUGGGGGAGGAUGGCAGCGCCGUGGCUGCCACCAGCACCAUCAACACACCCUUUGGAGCGAUGGUGUAUUCACCACGGACAGGCAUCAUCCUCAACAACGAGCUCCUGGACUUAUGCGAGCGAUGCCCCCGGGGUUCCGGCACCACCUGCUCACCUGCAGUGAAUGGAGACAGGGUGGGUGGAGCUCCCGGAAGGUGCUGGCCCCCAGUUCCAGGCGAGCGGUCCCCGUCCUCCAUGGUGCCCUCCAUCUUGAUCAACAAAGCCCAAGGGUCGAAGCUAGUGAUUGGCGGGGCUGGCGGGGAGCUCGUCUCUGCCAUGGCCCAGGCCAUCAUGAACAAGCUGUGGCUUGGCUUUGACCUGAGAGCGGCCAUUGCAGCCCCCAUCCUGCAUGUCAACAGUAAGGGCCAUGUGGAGUAUGAGCCCAGCUUCAGCCAGCAGCUGCUGGCUCCCACUUGGGAAGAAGCUGAACAUCACCAUCCAGCACAGCACACAGGCCGUCCUCCUCCGGGGCCCAGGCCUGGAGAAUGAAGUUCCACCUCCUUGAGCACCCACAGCCACUCUCCUCCCCAAGCAGUGCUGACUGUAGAGACUUUGCGUUUUUCCCAGAGUUUCUUCAUCUGACCAACAGCACACUCUGCCCCCAUCCCAGUAGUGUCCUGUGGCUGGCUGGCCCCACCUCCCAACGGACAAAAGGAGGG